AUGUCAGGCGGACGUUCAUUAAACGAGGCACCACCGAACCGUUUUUUUUCUCUCUGGCUACAUUUCCUCAGGUUGAAGCAACACACAAAAAAAUUUCGGUUCUUUCAGUUUUUUAUUCCAUUGAUAAAAGAAGUCUGAACUUAGUCAGAAAUUAGAUUGGAGCACGCCACGUGGUUUCAGAAGCGCCCUAAUGCGACAGCAGAACAGCUGCUGCAAAAUCAGCCUUAAACUCACUUCCUGCUUGUUUCUUUUGUUCUCUCUCUUCUUUUUGGUUUCAUUGAAUGUUUUCUAAUCUUUUGAGGACUAGAACAGCACCAGAAGCGUCAGUUGCUCAUUUGCAUUUUGGAUCUGUUUAGAGAACAAAGUAACUCCUGCAGCCGCUGGCACGGUUUUUUUUAGCCAGGUCCAGAAACGCGGCGCGCCGGUGCGCAUCUGCCGCGAACGUUCAACAGGCUUUGGAGCACAACGGACUCUGCGCGCUACUUCUGCCUUUGUGUGUGCGCCGCGCGCAGGACAGGAGCUGUGAGUCCGUCUGUGCGUAACGGGAGCUGGUUUUGUGUAACGGGAGGUUGAUGCAGGACUGAAGAGGGCGGUUAAAGUGUCACGGGGACGUGCAGCCUGCCUGCCCCGCUUUCACUCUCAGCUGAGCGCGUUCCGCACGUGUAGGACCCGCUGGACUACUCGCACCUGGACACGCAUGAUCUUGAAGACCUCCGCGCACUUGCAGCCGGCUUUGGUGAUGCCAUGCCCCGGAACCACAGCGGAGACGAAGGCGGCACCGGGCUCUGGAUGAGAACGUCCCCCGGCCACCGGAGUGAAGGUUACGGCUUGAAGGAUGUGGAGUCUGGACGGAAGAUGAUGAGCUGCGCGGGAGACGGGUUGCUGUCAACUUCCUCCUCCGCCGCGGGAGGCUCGGACGGCCUGACAGGGAAGCAGGGUGCCCGGCUCAGCCUGCUUGGGAAGCCCCUGGUCUACAGCGCGCAGAGCGGCCGGAGGAACGUGCACUACCGGCGGCUCCAGAACUACCUGUACAACGUUCUGGAGAGACCGAGAGCCUGGGCGUUCAUCUACCACGCGUUUGUGUUUGUCCUGGUCUUCAGCUGCCUGGUCCUCUCCGUGUUCUCCACUAUGCCUCCUCAUCAGGACUACUCCUCUCACUGUCUGCUCAUUCUGGAGUUUGUGAUGAUCGUGGUGUUUGGGUUGGAGUUCAUCAUCCGUAUCUGGUCAGCCGGAUGCUGCUGCCGUUACCGAGGAUGGCAGGGCCGACUGCGGUUCGCCAGGAAGCCAUUCUGUGUCAUAGACAUCAUAGUUCUGAUUGCAUCCGUGGCGGUGGUUUCGGCCGGCAGCCAGGGGAACAUCUUCGCCACCUCUGUGCUGCGGAGCCUCCGCUUCCUGCAGAUUCUCCGGAUGGUUCGGAUGGACCGGAGGGGAGGGACGUGGAAGCUGCUGGGCUCUGUGGUGUACGCUCACAGCAAGGAACUGGUGACUGCCUGGUACAUCGGGUUUUUAGUUCUGAUCUUCUCAUCAUUCCUCGUCUACCUUGUGGAGAACAAGAUCAACAAGGAGUUUGCCACCUACGCCGAUGCUCUGUGGUGGGGAACGAUCACACUGACGACCAUCGGUUACGGAGACAAAACCCCGAAGACGUGGACGGGGCGGAUGCUGUCUGCAGGCUUCGCCCUCCUCGGAAUCUCCUUCUUCGCUUUGCCAGCAGGGAUUCUGGGCUCAGGCUUCGCCCUGAAGGUCCAGGAGCAGCACCGACAGAAACACUUUGAGAAGAGGAGGAACCCGGCCGCCUACCUGAUCCAGUGUGUUUGGCGUAGUUAUGCGGCUGAUGAGAACUCGGUUUCCGUUGCUACCUGGAAGCCUCACUUGAAGGCGUUGCAUACCUGCAGCCCUACAAAGAAGGAGCAGGGAGAGUCGAUCACAAGCCAGAAGCUGAGCUUCAAGGAGCGCGUGAGGAUGGCGAGCCCUCGCGGUCAGAGCAUCAAGAACCGGCAGACGGCGUCUGUGAACGACCGGCGCUCUCCUGUGGCUGAUGGUGGAACAGAAAGCACAAGUCCCACCAAAGUCCAGAAGAGCUGGAGCUUCAACGACCGCACGCGCUUCAGGCCGUCCCUUCGCCUCAAGAGCCAGUCCCGCUCCACCACUGAUGCCGACUCCAACAUCACGGCAGAAGAGGGCUUUGAUGAGAAGGGCUGCCACUGUGAUAUCUCGGUGGAGGACCUGCUGCCUUCAGUGAAGACCGUCAUCCGAGCCGUCAGGAUAAUGAAGUUUCACGUAGCAAAGAAGAAGUUUAAGGAGACGCUGCGUCCGUACGACGUGAAGGAUGUAAUUGAGCAGUACUCGGCCGGUCAUUUGGACAUGCUGUGCCGCAUUAAGAGUCUGCAGACCAGGCUGGACAUGAUACUUGGCACCCGAGCCCUGAGCAGCCGUGCGAAGACCUUUUCCUCCCCCGCCCUGCCUGUCUUUGACAUCCAGGGCAGGAAGAACUCCAUCCAGGGAGUGGACCAAAUCCUCGGGAAGGGUCAGAUCCCUCUGGACAAGAAGAUACGAGAGAAGCUGUUGUCUGAAGGGGACAUCCUGGAGGACAUGAGCAUGCUGGGUCGUGUCUGUAAGGUGGAGCGGCAGGUCCAGUCCAUCGAGUCGAAGCUGGACUCGCUGCUUGACAUUUAUCGCCAGGUCUUACGUAAAGGCUCCUCUUCAGCCGUCACGCUGUCCUCCCUCCCUCUGUUCGAGCUGGAGCAGACGUCUGACUACAACUCCUCCGUCUUCUGUAAGGACUUGUCCAGCUCCACUCGGGCGAGCAGCGGUGGAGCUCCUCCUGCUGGUGGUUUUGUGACAUGCUCCUCCACCAGCUCUCAACUAUCACAGGGGGGUCUCCAUCUCAUUCUGGCUCCUCCAAAAGAACUCAACCUCAACACCUCCUCUUCCACACCUCCCUCUGGUCCUGCAUCUUCCUGUUUUAGCCCACCGCCGCUGCCUCAUCAUCAUCAUAAACAAGUUUAUGCCACGUCAUCUGAAAGUGGCCCAGACGACGCUGCGGGGAACUCUCCCGCUCUCCUCACUCCGAACAGUACCAGCAGUUCUGGAGGCCGAGGAGUUGGAGACGGAGAGUUUCCCCUUUUGGCGAGGCUUCCGCCCCCUCCUUCUGGUCGAAGCGGUGGACCAGUAAACUUGAUGCUAGCAAUCUCCAAUGAGGUGUCUCCUGAAAUCCAGGACUUCUGUGGAGGUUUAGGGAGGCAAAUGGAGGGCACGGAGGACCUUGGGCUUGAGAUGAAGCUGAACACUUUGGAGCAGUUACAGAGAAGCACCAACAGGAGGGUGGAUCCCAAAGAGGAAGGUUCCUGGAGGAGACACAUGAGCCUAGAGCUGGAACCUGUGGUUCCUCCAGGUCCGGGCUGCUGCUCAAAACCCAUCCACGCAGACCGAGGACUGGGUAAGUCCAUGUCUGUGCAGGACCUGAUGCAGGUAUCCCCCAGUCACGGCGCCCAUCAAAGUCACAGCCUGUCAUCUCCAAGCCCGAGUACAAGCAGCGACUCACCCAUCAGCUCCCACAUAUGCAGCCAGGACCCUGGGGGAGGAGGUGGAGUUUCAGCAAUGGGGAGUGAAAGCAGGUGGGGUGAGGAGGACCUCUUUAUCAGCGACAGGGACAUGAAGGUGCAGGGAUUUAACUUUCUCCCACAGGACACGUCAGAUGCUCACACCUUUUCUUCAGAGCUCCUGAGGAGAGGAGGCAGGGGGGGGACAGGGUCCCAGGACUCCGCCGGGAUCUUGACCAGAGCUCCCACUUCCUCCCCCUCCACAGACAGCACCGAACUGAUGAACACGCCUCACGUACGGCUAAAAUAGACCUGCCGCCAUGUUCUGGUGAUUCAGACCUUUCACCUCAAGUUUUGAUCACUUUUGGG